AACAAACUCCUACAGCAUGAAGAUUGAUUCAGUGUCUGAUGGAGGCCAGUACUGGUGUAGAGCUAGAAGAGGAGAACCAGUCUAUUACACACAAUACAGUGAUGAACUGACACUCAGUGUUACAGAGAGUCCUAAAGCUGUGGUGACGGUGCGGCCUGAUAAACAUGUGUUCAGAGGAGAAACAGUCACUCUCAGAUGUGAUAUAAAGUGGGGAGGAAGCACUGAGUGGACAUACAGAUGGCAAAUAGACACACAACAGACAGCAAACAAACCCAUCAACCCCUGUACCAGACCAGACUGCUGCACCAGUGGAACCACUCAACAACACUACAGAACUGCUGUGAGCCGGUGCUCAGCACAAGAGUUGAAGAUCAGCCGUGUUGAGGUCUUUCACCGUGGUAAUUACAGCUGUACAGGACAGAUGAACACUCAGAUCUCUCAGCGCAGUGAUGCUGUUGCUCUGAUUGUGUCUUCAGAUGAAGCUCAGGCAGCAGUGCGAGUGUCUCCACAGCCGUGGAUCACUGAAGGACACUCGGUGACUCUGAUCUGUGAGGUUCCAGGCUCCUCUACAGGCUGGACGUUCAGCUGGUUCAGAGAUGCUGAUCAUCUGUCAGACAGCAGCAGAGGAGCUGGAGGCUCUUACACUCUCAGUCCUGCUGCUCUACAGCACACAGGAGUUUAUACGUGCAGAGCAGAGAGAGGAGAACCAGCCUAUUCCUCACAGAACAGCAGCGCACAGCCACUGUGGGUCACUGGUGUUUCUGCUUCAGUGCGUCUGGUGCUCAACGCCAGCAGAAGUCAACACUUCUCCUCUGACUCUCUCUCUCUGAGCUGUGACUCUGCUGGAUGGACAGUGAGAAGAUACACACACACAAACACACAAGAUUGUUCAGCACAAACAGGAUCUACAUGUGAAAUCCAGUCUCUCAGCACAUCUGACACUGGAGUUUACUGGUGUGAGUCUGAAUCUGGAGAGAAACGCCAUCCUCUGAACAUCACUGUACAUGAUGGUCCUGUGAUUCUGGCGAGUUCUGCUGAUCCUGUGAUUGAGGGAGAAACUCUGACUCUACACUGUUUACAUCGAUCUACAAUCUCCUCCAUCCUCACAGCUGAUUUCUAUAAAGACGGAUUACUGAUCCAGAAUCAGACGACAGGAGAGAUGAGCAUCCCUACUGUCUCAAAGUCUGAUGAGGGUUUCUACUACUGUAAAACCGAGAGCAUAGAGUCACCACACAGCUGGAUCUCAGUCAGAGCUUCAUCUCCUUCUCUUCUGAUCAUUGGUGUUUCUGUGGGAUUGACUGUUUUCUUGCUGUUCCUUAUUUUACUGGUUCUGCUGCUGAGACACAAGAAGAAAAAAGAUCCACACUGUGGGGUUCAACCAACUUUGAUAUCAAACCCAUCUGGAGAAUCUCAGACGGACAACUUAACUCUGCAGUCUGGUCCUGACAACAUUUAUGACGAUGUGAGCACAGUGAAUAACAAAGAUGAAGAGCCAGUGGCAGAUGUGACAUAUUCUGAGGUCACACUUAAGAAAAAUAUACCCAUGAGUGAAGAUGAAAAUAUUCCAGGGCAAAGUAACACGAUGUACGCAGACGUUGGAACUAAAGCAAAGAAACCCAAAAGAAAAGAUAUUAAUACUGCAGGACCCAGUGAUAUGACUUAUGCAGCGAUCAGUAAAAAGGACAAAAAGAAAACCACAGGCAAAGGUGCUGGAAUUUCUGAUGUUCUGAUUGAAAUGAAGUCUAAGGAGAAACAUGGCGGGAUGUGCAGUAAGUCUGGAGACACACUAUAUUCUGAACUGAAGCUCAACACAGAUGGAGGCGCUGAUGCCGGAGGUGAUGCAACUUAUGCUCAAGUUUUAAGUAAGAAGAAGAAGAAAACACGUCUGUGAGUGCAGUGAUGAAAACAGACGCCAAAAGAGAUGAACACCAGCGCUCACUUUGCUUCAGAAAUUACUCUGAGUGAACUGCUUCUGCACAUGAAUCAUUCAGAUAAACUGUAUUUUAUAUAAGCAUAUAUAACCUGUUUUACUGAGAAUUUUUUGUGAACAUUUAUGUUUGAAGUUAGAUCUAAGUCAAAUAGCUUUCAUUAUAUUAGCGAUGCACAAAUAAUGAGACUGAGACUGAAGAAUAUUGUAAAUGAUUUGAUUAUUGAUAUUGAUUAAGAUAAUGUUAUGACAUAUAUAAUGCUUUUUACAUUCGUAUAUUUUUAUAUAUUUCAUUAAUGCUAUAUUGCUUGAGUUGAAGUGUGAGAUUUAUAUUUGAAAAAUAAACAUACCAACAAAUAUC